CUCCUAGCCACAGAGAUGGAUGACAUGCCAAUGAUGAAAAAUGACACGACGAUGAUGAAGAUGAAGAUGAAUAGCUUCUAUUGGGGCAAAGAUGCCAUAGUCCUCUUCUCUAACUGGCCAAACCACAGUCUUGGCAUGUACAUCUUAGCCCUCUUCUUCGUCUUCGUUCUCGCCAUUCUUUCUGAGCUCCUUUCUAAUCAGCCAACCCUAAAACGUGGGGCUAGCCCUCUCCUGGGAGGCUUCUACAAGGCUGUUUUCCAUUUCUUUCGUACCAGCUUCGCUUAUUUGGUCAUGCUCGCUGUUAUGUCCUUCAACCUCGGCAUCUUCAUAGCUGCUGUCGCUGGCCACACCUUGGGAUUCUUCAUCUCCAAGUAUCGAGACAUUGACCAGGCCAACACAGAACAGAAUAGGUCCUCCAUUAUUACCCAGAAAAUCUAAAACACUACUUUAAUUAGCAGAAAUCCAUGUGUCACAGUACAUUGUGAUUUUCUUGUUUUGUUUUCCUUUUCCAUCGCAGGUGCUUCUUGGCUAGUUAAUUUGUGAAUUAAGCUUGAUUUCUCUAGCAAUCUUUUGGUUUAAUUUCGUUGGUUUGUGCAUUGUUUUCUGGGUUAUCUUAAGGAUGUCAUAUCAGCACGAAA